GUUACUAUUUUCCAAAUUAUGUCACGAGAUGUCAAGUACCCAAGUUAGAAAAAAUCGCAAAAAUAACCAAUUUUGCAAUAUUCUUCGAUUCCUUUUUUGCUGUACGUCUGUGCGAAGACCAGACCAUGUAAACUUCAAACAGCAUCCUCUGGAAGUAAAUAAUUCUUCUCAGGUCGAGCUAGAAAGGCGAAUAACGCACCAAUGCCAAAUCCACAAUGCUGUAUUUAGAUGUAGUGCCAUGUUGGAACUAAUAGAUCCAAAGGAAAUUAAAUCUGUAUAUUUUGAUCAUGAUAUGCAAACUACUAUUGACAAAUUAGACUCUUUGAUAAAAACUUUAAGCGAGGUUCUUGAGCUCUAUAAACAGGAAGCUGAUGUUUUUAAACAGAAAGCAGAUCAUAUCAGUAUUUCAGAGAAAAGCUCUUCGAAAGAAGCCGAAAUUGAAUAUCCUUCAGAUAAAGGUGAUUGCCAUAAAGUAUUAAAUAACUCUUCGAAAAAUUAUUUACCAAUUGUUAGUCGUAGAUCUACCUGUGGACCAAAAACACGUAGUAUUAACCCCACCACUAGAAUAAUAUACAGCAAGCAGGUGUGCAAAAAAGCAAAUAUUAAUAUCUCUAGCAUGCAAGUUGGUCACAUUCAACUCACAAGUCAUUUUGGCCUAUUUAGUAACAAAAUAUUGGACAACCUCACAAUAAUCAACACUGAUGUCGAGAACUUAAAGCGUUUAUUAAGCAGUUUGAAAGGGAUAUUGGUUUUUAAAGAAAAUGUUCUCAUUUCAUUUGGUUGCGGAGGGUUAAAAAACUGUUAUAUAACUAAUGAAUUAUCUUUCGGUAACCCAGAGACCUUCGCUGACGCAAAAGUUAGUGCCUCACAUUUUUGUAGAUUUCAUAAAUUAAGCCAAACGUAUAACGAAAAGCACAAAAAACCUCGAUCACUUAAAAUUUAUAAUAAAAGAUUUAAAAAAUGAAUGCGUCUUUUUAGA